GAUCGAUCGACCCGCAUCAGGCCUUCCCUCCCACACCCGCGACUCCUCUUUCCCCUUCUCCAGCCCUAGCCGCACGCAGCAGCCGAUGGCGCACAGCACUUGACCGCCGGCGGCCGCGCCCUCCGCUGCCGCUAGUCCAUGCCGUGACCCGCCCUUCCCCGCCCCGCUCGCCCUCGUCCUCCGCCGUCAGCGACCGCCUUCCCUGCCGCGAAUCGAGCUCCUCCGCCGCGAUUCGACCACCGAAGCACGCAGGCUGCGUCGAUUCUCUGCCUCCCCGACCACCUCUUCCGAAUUUUGGAAGCCCCGGCUCCCUUGCCGAAUCGAUCACUGAGAUGGAAGCCAACCAAACCCCAAGAAGCAUGCCCAUGGUGCCGACGAUGCGCCCCCGCCUCCCUUGGCGAGUCCAUCACCGAGACGGAGGCGCUCUUUUGGCCGGCCUAGCCAACCAAACCCUAAGAAGCUCGGUCAUGGCGCCAACCACGCGGGAAGAGGUGUCGGGAUCCAUGGAGGCCCAACCGGAAGCCGCACCGCCAUCGCAGCGAGGCAAGAGGAAGAAAACCUCCGCGGAUUCGUCGCCCGCAGCAUCUCAACCAGGCAAGAGUGAAGCCUUGGAGCCGUCCGAGAGCGAGAGGCGGAAGAGAACCCACAAGAGCGACGACGAGAAGAAAGCCACCACGAGCAAGGGUGAGCAGGCGGCUUCGGCUUCACCGAGCGCAUUGGACGCCUCUUCCUCCUCGUCCUCUACGGUCAGCUCUCCCCUGCGUCGGCCUCAUUCCCCUGCCUGCCUCCGAGAAUUUACACAUGACGAGGGCCCUGAGGUUGUGGCUGCCAUUGAAGCUUAUGAGGAGUUGGAAUCCAAGUACCUUGCGAAAUUAAAGCGCCAACAGGAGCUCGUAACACUUGAUCCGUCUAUGCCUUAUUCGUGUAUGGUAAAUGCGGACUUGCAGCGUGUUCGUGAGUCUGCAACAAAAACAGUUCUCCAAGUGGCUAAAGUUAUUCUUCGCUUUUCAUCCUUUAUUGACGGUAAACUGAUGGCACAAUCAUCUGGCUUUUUAAUUGAUUGGGAUGAGGGGACUAAAGAGGGCACUGUUCUGACAUCUGCGCGCAUAAUCUGCUCAAAAUAUACAGUCCGAAGCCAGUGGUCAGGUACAGAUGAGUAUGCACCUAAUGCUGAGGUUGUUGCUUAUUUAUUGGAUCAAGAUGAUACUACUGUACCUGCACACUUGCUUCAAUAUGACAAGCACAUCAAUAUUGCCUUGUUUAAGGUUGAUAUAGACUUGUGUGCUAAGAUUCCUACCUUCAAUAAUGAAGUGUUCUAUGGUCAAGACAUAUUUGUGCUUGGUAGAGACGAAGAUCUAAAUUUGACUGUGCAUCAUGGAUGUGUUCAAUUUAUGGGCCCAACUACAUAUGAACGUCAUCACCAUUUGUUCACUGGUUGUGUGAUUAAGCAGGCUAGCAUUGGAGGACCCGUUAUUGAUUUUAAUGGGCAAGUUUUGGGGAUGGCUAAUUUUCCAGGAACAGCAUUUAUCCCUUGCUCUAUUAUAUUGAAGUGCUUGGAUAUGUGGAAAAAAUUUCAGUGUAUCCCUCGGUUGCAUAUUGGGAUGAAGCUUUCAGCCAUUAAAUAUCUAGAUCCAAUUCGUGCGGAGAAGAUCUUCCGUAAGUGUAAUGUCGAUUCGGGUCUAAUAGUUAUUGAGGUGUCACAUGGAUCAAUUGCUGAGGAACUAGGAGUUAGACCUGGUGAUAUCAUUUACUCCAUGAACGGAGAGUGCAUUGCUACCACAGUGGAGUUGGAGAACUUAAUUAUGAGAAUAUGCGGGACUUAUCUUGAACAAGGAGGAGCCAUCGGUUCCUGCAUGGACAUACCAGUUGGUAUAUUGCACAUGCGGAAAGGUCGCAAAGGUCCGAGUCGCACUUUAAGCCUGAUAUUAAAUGUAUCAGAUGACGUAGAGGUGUUCAAAAGUGAUAUGGAUUUCUGACUUGUCUCUGCAGUAGAGAGUGCCUAAUUGUGUGAUGAAGAAAGAGAAGAUAAGCAAGAACAUUAAUCAACGAAUUGGAGUGUGCUUGUAGGCAUGACACUAGCGUAACUGUCAGGAUGAAAGGUUGUAGGACGUACUAAGAAUACACUUAAGUGAUUUCAGGGCUGCUGUUCAAAGUUACAUUAUGGGCACUCGUUGAUGAUGGUUCCAGGACACGCACUAAUGUCGGAAGAACAUUUGCUGACAUGAAUGUAUUUUUUUGUAUUAUUAUUAUUGACGUUUGAAAUAGCUUUUCAAUUCCCAGAUGUAGUGCUUAUGUCUGUAUUGAUGUCCUUUGUAUAAAGAGUAGAACUAAACGUCGGCAUUA